GGUUGACAAGUUGCACUUCGGAUCAGAAAGGAGGGUUUUCCUAGGCACACUCCAAGCUGCUUCUACUUAUUUUUUUACAGCUUUCAAACAAGACUUGUCAUUCAAAGAAGUAAAAAAUGGCAUCAACAGCACACAUCUCAGAGGAAGAGAUGACAGACUUAAGAGAAGCUUUCAAUAAAGUCGACAUUGAUGGAAAUGGUUUCAUAAGCAGUUCUGAAUUAACAGAGCUGUUCAAAGCAGCCAAUCUGCCUCUGCCAGGAUAUAAAGUCAGAGAAAUCACUCAGAAUUUGAUGGCCACGGGAGAUCAAAACAAUGAUGGCAAAAUCAGCUUUGAUGAAUUUAUUGCAGUUUUCCAGGGCCUGAAGAGCACAGAUGUCGCUAAAACCUUUCGAAAAGCAAUUAAUAAAAAGGAGGGGAUUUGUGCUAUCGGUGGAACUUCAGAACAGUCCAGUGUUGGAACCCAACAUUCUUAUUCGGAAGAAGAAAAGUACGCCUUUGUGAACUGGGUUAACAAAGCCCUAGAGAAUGAUCCUGAUUGCCAACAUGUGCUCCCAAUGAAUCCAGACACUGAUGACCUCUUCCAGGCGGUUGGUGAUGGCAUCGUGCUGUGUAAAAUGAUCAACUUUUCAGUGCCAGAUACAAUUGAUGAAAGAACAAUCAACAAAAAGAAGCUCACUCCAUUCACUAUACAGGAAAAUUUGAACCUUGCUUUGAACUCUGCCUCAGCCAUCGGGUGCCAUGUUGUUAACAUUGGGGCUGAAGACUUAAAAGAAGGGAAACCUUACCUGGUCUUGGGCCUCUUAUGGCAAGUUAUCAAAAUUGGCUUGUUUGCCGACAUUGAGCUCAGCAGAAAUGAAGCUCUGAUUGCCCUUCUGCGUGAAGGAGAGAGUCUAGAGGAUCUGAUGAAAUUAUCCCCAGAGGAACUGCUGCUGAGGUGGGCUAACUAUCACCUGGAGAACGCUGGAUGCAACAAAAUCAAUAACUUCAGCUCAGACAUCAAGCUGACUGACUUCUACAGCCUUAUAAAGGACUCCAAAGCUUAUUACCAUUUGCUGGACCAAGUUGCCCCAAAGGGAAAUGAAGAAGGUAUUCCAGCUAUUGCUAUUGACAUGACAGGAUUGAGGGAGAAGGAUGACAUCCAGAGGGCAGAGUGCAUGCUGCAGCAAGCAGAGAGAUUGGGCUGCCGGCAGUUUGUUACUGCCACAGAUGUAGUCCGUGGCAACCCCAAGUUAAACUUGGCUUUCAUUGCCAACCUAUUUAACAGAUAUCCUGCCCUCCAAAAACCAGAGAACCAGGACAUUGACUGGAGUUCUAUUGAAGGUGAAACAAGGGAAGAGAGGACAUUUAGGAACUGGAUGAACUCCUUGGGUGUUAGUCCCCGUGUCAAUCAUUUAUAUAGUGACCUGUCAGAUGCCAUGGUUAUCUUCCAGCUUUAUGAAAAGAUUAAAGUGCCGGUAGACUGGAGCAGAGUGAACAAACCACCAUACCCUAAGCUGGGUGGUAACAUGAAGAAGCUUGAAAACUGCAACUACGCAGUGGAUCUGGGAAAGAAUCAAGCCAAGUUUUCCCUCGUUGGAAUUGCUGGGCAGGAUCUCAAUGAAGGAAAUCGCACACUAACCCUGGCCUUGAUCUGGCAGUUAAUGAGAAGGUACACUCUGAGUAUCCUGGAAGAUAUUGGUGGUGGACAGAAGGUCAAUGACGACCUCAUUGUCAACUGGGUAAAUGAAACACUGACUGAAGCUGGAAAAAGUUCAGUCAUCAGUAGUUUCAAGGACAGCAAAAUCAGCACAAGCAUGCCAGUCCUGGAUCUCAUUGAUGCCAUUCAGCCAGGUUCCAUCAAAUACGACCUUCUGAAAACAGAGGACUUGAAUGAGGAAGAGAAACUUAAUAAUGCUAAAUAUGCCAUCUCCAUGGCAAGAAAAAUUGGAGCAAGAGUCUAUGCCCUUCCAGAAGACCUGGUUGAAGUAAAACCCAAAAUGGUCAUGACUGUGUUUGCUUGCCUUAUGGGAAAAGGAAUGAAGAAAGUUUAAGCCAUAAAAGACUGAUACUCAUGACUGGUAUAUGCCCCCUGACUCCCUCAGACCGGAUGUUCCUCAGACUCAGAUAUCAAGGAAAUAUGCAGUCUUGGUACUUUCCAAAGCAUGGAUGCUAGACAAGGUUCCAAAUCUUACAAAAGAUGACAUGCAUA